AUGACGAUCAACGGUUCCGUCGCUGGUGUCCCCGGCGGCGCAUCGUACUCGCCUACUUCCUCUCACACGGCCACCUUUGACUCGCAACAGCAUCACCCUCAUCAUCGCACAGCACCGGCCUCGCCGACAUACCAGCCCAACCCGCUCUUCAGCGGUCACCCUUCCCGCAGUGCUUCGCUGGCCACAGGCUCCAACGGAUCGCCCUCACCACUCAAGGACCGUUCUCCCAGCGGAGCUUCAGAGGGGGGAUCAAAGGACAAGAAGUGGAAGCAGAUCUUGAAGUUUGGCAGCGUAGGCAGGAAGCCGAGCAAUGCUGGGCACGAGGGAACGGAUGGGCAGGCGGCCCCGCAUCGUGCAAUGUCGAUGGGAGCCUCAUCACACAGCUCAACAGCAGCAGCUGCAGCGCCGCCCGUUCUCCCGCAAAUCCCCUCGACUUCGAGCGCUGCCUUCGGUCAGGCUUUCCAGCCUAUGCAGGGGAGCACCGUAGUCGCAGACCCCCAUUCGCUCGACAGCUCGUCAUCAGCGGGAUCCAAUGAGCCCGGUGCCCAAAAUGCAUCUGUUUCGCAACAGCAACCGCAACAGCAGCAGCAAGCUCGUCGUACCACGUCCGCUCCUGACGUCAAGAAGAUCCUGGCAAAUGGUCCGCGCAACUCCAAGCCUGCCAAUGGCUUGCAAGCUCACGUGGGUGGCGGCCAAGCACCACAGCCUGUAGCGCUGAGCAAUGCUAGAGCGCAAGAUGGCUUCUUCCCUGGCUCGCCCGUACGAAUGGACAGCACCGCCACCUCAUUCAGCAGCAAAGACUUCGAAAAGGGCGGCAAGAGCUCAAAGAGCGGCAUCUCUAAGAGCAAGAGCGGUCUGCUCUUCUCGGGCUCACGAUCAAAGAAGGACUCGGCAAACAAGUCCAAGCAGGCCGACUUCAGAGCAGGCAAUCAGCUCGGCUUGCCUUCUGGCUCAGCAGCUGCAGCAGCAGGAGCUUCUUCGUCGUCGCAGUCCCCACUCGCAGCAUCGUCCUCAGCCAACGGCAACAGCGUGCAUGCCAACGAAGUAGCAUCGACGUCAACAGACGCUGCCCCCACUCGCCCCACGCUUCGUGAACAAUCUUCAAGAGGCAGUUUCCACCGUACAUACAGCGCCAACUCUAUCAAAGUGCGCGACGUCGAGGUGGGGCCAAGCAGCUUCAGCAAGGUCAAGAUGCUGGGCAAGGGAGACGUGGGCAAGGUAUACCUGGUGCGAGAGAAGAAGACGGAGAAGCUGUUUGCGAUGAAGGUCCUCUCCAAGAAGGAGAUGAUCAAGCGCAACAAGAUCAAGCGAGUCAUGGCCGAGCAGGAGAUCCUGUCUACCUCGAAUCACCCCUUCAUCGUGACGCUCUAUCACUCCUUCCAGAGUGAGGACUACCUCUACCUCUGCAUGGAAUACUGCAUGGGCGGCGAGUUCUUUAGAGCGCUGCAGACGAGGCCAGGCAAGUGCCUGCCAGAGGAAGACGCCCGCUUCUACGCCGCCGAGGUCAUUGCGGCGCUCGAAUACCUCCAUCUCAUGGGCUUCAUCUACCGCGACCUCAAGCCAGAGAAUAUUCUUCUUCACCAGUCUGGCCACGUCAUGCUCAGCGACUUCGAUCUCUCUGCCCGAGCUACGCAGCGAGGCGGCGCGCCUGCCGUCAUCCGUCAAGCCACACCCAACUCUGCUCCAUUGGUCGACACGCGCUCCUGCAUUGCAGACCUGCGUACCAACUCCUUCGUCGGCACAGAGGAAUACAUCGCUCCAGAGGUGAUCAAGGGUUGCGGCCACACGAGUGCGGUCGACUGGUGGACCCUUGGUAUCUUGAUCUACGAGAUGAUCUUCGCUACUACGCCUUUCAAGGGCAACUCGCGAAACGCUACAUUCUCCAAUGUGCUGCGCAACGACGUCAGUUUCCCCGACAACAUCCCCAUCUCAUCGAUGGGAAAGAGCUUGAUCCGUAAGCUGCUCAUCAAGGACGAGCUCAAGCGAAUGGGCUCCAACUCUGGCGCCUCGGAGGUCAAGCAGCACAAGUGGUUUGCACCCAUCUCUUGGGGUUUGCUGCGCAACCUCACCCCGCCCAUCGUGCCCGCGUACAGCAACGGGCUGGACGCCAUCAAUUUCCGUAACGUCAGGGAGAGCAGGAGCUUGCAGCUCGACAGACAGCAGGCGCCCGCAGCAGCGGCGGCGGCGGCGGGAAGUGGUAGUGGUGUGCAGGGAGGAGGCAAGGGUGGCUCUGGUCACGCCAAGUCGUCGUCAAAGACGGUCAUGACGGCCGUGGCCGGGAAGACAGGACAGGUUGAAGAGGCAGACGAUGCCGUGGAGAGCAACCCCUUCAGCGGGUUCAACUCGGUCACGCUGCACCACGCGGACGUCUAG